CAUAGCCAUACACCGCCUUGUGCUGGAUGCAAUAGCGAAAGUAGCAAGGAAGCAAGAAUAGCUCCAAACCAGUGAUACUCCUCAAUCCACGGUCGCACUCGCGCGUCCUGUCGCCAUUCGUCGUCCCUGAAGUCAUUGCUUGCGGGGCCUUGCUCUGGUCCUGCGGGCCUCUACUACCGAAGAUAUGAGUGGAAUCACAAAUGCUUGUCUGUCCUGCUUAUCGACGGUAGACCGUUGGUGCCACAUCUCAGCGUGCCUCGGUCCGAUCAGCGGUCGCUCUAGGGAUGGGAUUUACGAAUCGACCUUGGCAGAUAAUGAGCGCGAAGCAGUCUCCGACUUGCUGCAAUUCCUUGACGCGCAACAACGUCAAGAGGUGGAUUUCUUUCACGGCGAGCCUCUCCGAGCUUUGAGCACUCUGGUAUAUUCCGAUAAUGUUGAACUCCAGCGAAGUGCUAGUUUGACCUUUGCCGAGGUCACGGAGCGAGACGUACGCGAAGUCGACCGAGACACCCUUGAGCCUAUCCUUUUCUUGCUGCAGAGCUCCGAUAUCGAGGUGCAACGGGCGGCCAGUGCCGCGCUCGGGAAUCUGGCUGUCAAUGCGGAGAACAAGGUGUCGAUUGUCGCACUGGGGGGCCUGGCUCCUCUAAUACGGCAGAUGAUGUCGCCUAAUGUCGAAGUGCAAUGUAACGCGGUGGGUUGCAUCACGAACCUGGCUACCCACGAGGACAACAAGGCGAAAAUCGCCCGCUCCGGCGCUCUGGGCCCAUUGAUCCGGCUGGCAAAAUCGAAGGACAUGCGAGUACAGCGUAAUGCGACUGGUGCGCUGCUUAAUAUGACGCACUCGGGUCAGACACCUCACAACAAUAGCAAUAGCGCAACUUCGCUGACAGAUUGCGCAGAUGACAACCGACAACAACUCGUGAACGCGGGCGCCAUUCCUGUUCUGGUCCAAUUGCUAUCGUCUUCCGAUGUGGAUGUACAAUACUACUGCACUACCGCGCUGAGCAAUAUCGCUGUCGAUUCGUCGAACCGCAAGCGUCUAGCCCAAACCGAGUCUCGAUUGGUUCAGUCACUUGUGCAUCUCAUGGAUUCCUCGACCCCGAAGGUACAAUGCCAGGCUGCUCUGGCCCUGCGCAAUCUGGCCUCCGAUGAGAAAUACCAAUUGGAGAUUGUGCGCGCGAAGGGACUGCCACCACUCUUGCGACUCCUGCAAUCCUCUUACCUGCCCCUGAUUCUUUCCGCCGUCGCAUGCAUUCGCAACAUCUCGAUACACCCCCUCAAUGAAUCUCCUAUCAUUGACGCAGGAUUUCUCAAGCCUUUGGUCGACCUGCUCGGGUCGACCGACAACGAGGAGAUUCAGUGUCACGCCAUCUCCACCCUGCGGAACUUGGCGGCCAGCUCUGACCGUAACAAGGAACUUGUCCUCCAGGCGGGGGCGGUUCAGAAGUGCAAGGACUUGGUUCUUCGGGUUCCGCUUAGCGUUCAAUCGGAAAUGACGGCUGCGAUCGCUGUGCUGGCUCUCAGCGACGAGUUGAAACCUCACCUCCUCAACCUCGGCGUCUUCGAUGUUUUGAUUCCUCUCACCGAGUCGGAGAGUAUCGAAGUGCAGGGAAACAGUGCCGCAGCGCUAGGUAAUCUUUCUUCCAAAGUGGGAGACUAUUCGAUUUUUGUCCGCGACUGGGCGGAUCCCAACGGUGGCAUCCACGGCUAUCUCAGCCGCUUCCUAGCCAGCGGGGACCCGACCUUCCAACAUAUUGCUAUUUGGACAUUGCUCCAGCUUCUCGAGUCCGACGACCAAAGGUUGAUCGGAUACAUUGCGAAGUCGGAUGACAUUGUGCAGAUGGUCAAGUCGAUCUCCGAUAAGAGCAUAGAAUCAGACGAGGAGGAUGGAGAUGAGGGCGAAGGCGAGGUCAUUGCGCUGGCACGGCGAUGCCUCGGGUUCCUGGGCAGUGGUCACAAGCAGACCCUUGUAGAAGGCUAAUCUAAUUUCUUUUCUUUUGCGCGCUGAUGCCGGGUUUCAAGGUUUCUUCUUCCAUGUUAUAAAUCCCGAUAAUCAUUCGA